AUGUCAUCUGUAAAUUACCUAAGCGAAGUGAAUUCUUCAGCUAACCAUGGCGGGAGCCAACAAGCAGCUUCUAGACAGAAUUCCCCGGUUUCUCCGAACGAAUCAAUUCACCCACGCCUAGAUGACUUUAUCAAAGAGCCACUGGAUUCUGGAAAUAGGAAUGUCAUGCUCCCCGACAAAAAUGCCAACGUGGAUUUAGCUGUUAAAGAUUCCCGAGAGCGCAUGGAGAAAGACAUUGAGAACACAGCUAAGGUGCUGGGUAAACCAGAAAUGAUUGACACUCCCGAACCGGCUCAACAGGGAGACAGCUCAGACAAAUAA